CGCGCUGAUUUUGCAAUUAUUCUGGAGGAGGACCUGGACAUUUCUCCAGAUUUCUUCAGCUAUUUCAGCCAACUGGCCCCACUUCUGCUGGAGGAUGAUUCAAUAUGGUGCAUAUCAGCCUGGAAUGACAACAGCUAUGAGCACACAUCCAAAGACCCCAGUUUGUUGUACAGGGUAGAAGGGAUGCCAGGACUUGGCUGGAUGCUGCAAAGGACCCUGUAUCAGAAAGAGCUUGAACCCAGACUGAAGAAAGUGGAUUAUGAAGAGGUGAUUCAAGAAUUACUCUCAAGAGCGGAUUUUGUGAACCACACUUUGUCGCCUUGUGAUGAAAACUUUGUUCCAACUUCUGCAGCAGGAGAGGGAAAAACUUUUGUAGCCUUCAUUAAAAUGGAGAAUGAAAAGGAUUUUACCACUUGGCUGCAAGUGGCAAAGUGCUUUAAGAUUUGGGAUCUCGAUGCCAGGGGGUAUCACAAAGGAUCCUGGAGGCUUCAUGUGAAUGGAAGCCAUGUGCUCAUUGUUGGCACGCCGUUUUCUCCAUAUUCGAAACACAAGCCCAGGAAUUUGGAGCCAAUCCACUUGGAGCCAAAAGGAACCAAACGGUGAAGCAAUGGGCAAGAAGAUAUUUCUGGCUCUGGUCGGCAGAAAGUCGUGAUAUUUGCACACCCCUUUUGUGAUACCAAUGAAGAAGUUUUUUCUUCUUCCUCCACAUAGAGAAAGGUGAAAGAAAAAAGGCUGGGAAUUUUUUGUACCAACCCCUCGUUUUUUGUUUGUUCGCAAUUCGAAGGGAAGAAUCCUCAUAUACUUGGGGGGAGUUUGACUCAUGUCCUGACAAAACUUUUUUGAAAAGGGAAUAUUUUUAUUUUCUCUUCUGUGGGGAGUGAAGAAAAAAGAUGGAUUUUGUCUUCCUGGUGCAAACGCGCGGAAAAUAUUUAAUCUUGAACCCUUUUACUCUUCACUUCUGUGUUCCUCUGACUGACCCUUGAAAGGGGGAUUUGUGAUGAAUUCUCCUUUGUGAAAAAGGCAUUCGGUUUUCGUUUUUUAAACUAUUUGCUUUUUCUUAUUUUGUGCCAUGACAUGAAACUGUGUCCUCUCCAUCAAACCUUUUUUUUUGUGAAUUUGAAAAAGAAUGGCUCUUGAAUAAUGAAACCUUGUUCCCGCCAGGGAUUCCAUGAGAUUUCAUUCGACUGAAAGUGAGGAAAUGAAGAAUUUCUGUCAAA